AUGAAAUCAUUAGAAUCUCAUAAGGAGCUUUUGCGAAGAAGCAUAAUCAAGAAUUUGCAGCCAUUCAUAAAGGACAGUCUAAUUUAUGUCGGCGGACGUCUUGAGUAUUCCAACAUAUCUGAACAGCAAAAACAUUCAUUAAUGCUACCAGUGAGCCACAAAAUAACGUGUUUCAUAUUUGAAGAUCGGCACCGAGAAUUACUACUCUGUGGACCACAAGCUUUGUUGGCCGAAAUAAGAAGAAUGUAUUGGUCACUGAGAGGACGAAUAAUGGCACGUUCAGUAACUUCACGUUGUGUUCAGUGUAUAAAGGCAAAACGUAAGUUUUUGUUUCUAUUGAUGGCACCAUUACCAAAUGAUCGAGUGCAGUGCUCUCGGCCCUUUACUACCACUGGAGUUGAUUUCGCGGGACCAAUUGUUAUUAUUAAGCGGCAUUAA